AUGUCGUAUCUGCGAGGUCUAGGCUUAUUUGUCUUUAGGAUGGCUUCUGGUGGCUCCUUUGUGGACCUUGGAAAUCCCGACGUCUGCGAUGACAAGAUUACCCAGCCCGCCGUUGGGGAAGUGGAGGAUAUUCCCGGGCUUGAGAUCGCCAUGACGGAAAUUGAUGUCAUGAAGCUUCCGGAGGGCACCACUGAUUCCAAGCAUCUGUUGCAGAGACCACAACAUGUACUCCUGGUUUGA